UAAAUGCACUUGUGAAAAGGAAGAAGGAAGUAAAUCUGUUGCCCCGCCUGUGACUCCACCAGUGAUGCUUAACAGAGGGAGGAUGAGGAUGGUUUAAAAGCACGGCCACUCCAUCCACUCAGUACAACACACUCAGAGCCUUGAGUCCAGAACCAGAGAGACAGAGACCUGUUACUCAGAGAUGAAUCUUUACACUUUUGUUUUUGUGGUGGGAUGCUGUUUUGCCCUUUCAUUGGGUGCAGAAGAAGAAAGUCCUGGGAGACGUUUCAUUCUAGAUUCAAUUGAGGAAGCAAAGAAAAUUGUGGAUGCAGCUUACAAGUAUUCUCGUGAUGAGAGUUUAGCAAGGGUGCGCAGAGAUGUCAUCAAGCCUUCCGACAAGCUACGUCUACUGAAACAGCCAGCUAGAAAGACACGAGAGGCCGUGAGAGCUGCAGACUACAUGGUGCAGACACUCAGGAUGAUCAGUGAGAAAGCCCAUCAUGUACACAAGAGGUCCAUCAAUGCUACAGACCUGCUGACUCCAGAUGAGCUGAACACCAUUGAACGUCUGACAGGCUGUACAGCUCAAACCCGGCCCCCAUCUUGUAGGACAACACCCCUCAUAAACAAAUAUAGAACUAUCACCAGUGUCUGCAACAACCGGAGGAACCCACUCCUUGGUGCAUCCAAUACUGCUUUUACCCGCUGGUUGCCUGCUCAGUAUGAAGAUGGCAUCUCCCAGCCCAAAGGGUGGGAUCCCAACAAAUUGCACAAUGAUGCAGCACUGCCCCUGGUCAGAUUGGUUUCAAAUCGUAUUCUAAGCACUGCUGAUGCUGACAUAGAGAGUGAUCGUGAGUUUACCUUCAUGCUCACCAUCUUUGGGCAAUGGGUUGACCAUGAUCUGACUUUAACGCCCUUCUCACCAAGCAUCAGAUCCUUCAGCAACGGCCUCAACUGCGAUGAGAGUUGUGAGCGCUCUGAACCCUGCUUCCCAAUUCCGGCCCCUCCAGGAGAUCCACGCCUGAGGGCUGACACCUGUCUCCCUGUCUUCCGUUCAUCACCCGCCUGUGGUUCUGGGAACACUGCCUAUAUGUUUGGUGGAAACCCCAAAGUUCGGGAACAAAUCAAUGCUCUAACAGCGUUCCUAGAUGCUGGACAGGUUUACGGGUCUGAGGAUGGGCUAGCUAAGGAACUUCGAGACCUGACCAAUGAUGGUGGUCUUCUACGUGUCAAUGAUAAGUUCCUUGACAAUGGACGAGAGCUUUUGCCUUUUACCAGUGUAGAAAGCAACAUGUGUGCCACGCGCAGGAAAACCCUCAAUGACACCACCCUUACAGAGGUGCCUUGCUUCAUUGCAGGGGAUGUUCGUGUUGAUGAAAACACGGCACUCACCUCAAUACACACACUUUUUGUGAGGGAGCACAAUAGAUUGGCUCGUGCCCUUCAUGUGCUCAACCCUACCUGGAGUAGUGAAACCCUCUAUCAAGAGGCAAGAAAAAUUGUGGGUGCCUACAACCAGAUCUUGGUGUUUAAGGAAUACUUGCCACAUAUUGUGGGCCCUGAUGCUUACAAUAGACACCUCGGACUAUAUCCAGGUUAUGAUGAGAAUGUGGACCCAACCAUUGCAAAUGUCUUUGCCACUGCAGCUUUCCGUUUUGCCCACCUGGCCAUCCAACCCAUGAUAUUUCGUCUUAAUGAAAAUUACCAGAACCAUCCUCAAUUUCCAAGCGUGCCCCUUUACGAGGCCUUCUUUUCUCCUUGGAGGGUGAUCUUUGAGGGUGGUAUCGAUCCUCUGCUUCGUGGACUGAUUGGUCGGCCAGCAAAACUGAGCACACAGGACCACAUGUUGGUGGACGCUCUUAGAGAGAGGCUGUUUGCCUUCACAUCACACAUUGCUUUGGACUUGGCUGCCCUCAACAUGCAGAGAAGCCGUGACCACGCUAUACCAGGCUAUAAUUCAUGGCGUCGGUUCUGUGGACUGUCCGCCCCUCAGAAUGAGCAAGAAUUGGCUGUGGUGAUGAACAACACUGAAUUGGCUCGCAGGUUGCUUGAGCUUUAUGGCACCCCUGAGAACAUUGACAUUUGGUUGGGAGGUUUGCUGAGCCUUUUUGCUCCUGGUGCUCGUGUCGGUCCCCUUUUUGCCUGCCUCAUCUCUACACAGUUCCAGCACAUCCGCCAGGGGGAUAGGUUAUGGUUUGAGAACCAAGGAGUGUUCACCACCAAACAAAAAGCAUCUCUGGCCUCUGUGUCACUAGCCCGCAUCAUCUGUACAAACACUGGAAUCCUUAGAGUUCCGUAUGAUCCUUUCCGCUUCACCAGUCCUUCUAGUUUUGUUAACUGUGGGGUUAUCCCAGCCUUUGACCUCACCCCUUGGAUUGAAACUGGUGACAGUGGCAUCCACAUUUCAGACAUUGGAAAUGAGAUAGAGAUUCCUUCCAAGGGCCUCCCGGACCCAGAGGACCUCCAGGGGAACCUGGUCCACGAGGUGUAGCUGGCCCCCCCGGACCUCCAGGACUUCCCAUUAAUAUAACAGGACAACAGUCUGCCUUCUUUGCUUCUGUUGGUUCCAUCCUUCCUAUCACUGCUAAGGUUGUUGUGUUUAAUCAGGUCCUUUACAAUGGACAGAACCAUUAUAACCAAACAUCAGGACAGUUCGUCUGCCAGAUACCCGGUGUAUAUGAAUUCCAGUUCUCAUGCCUAGGAACUCGGACAUUGGGUACUGUUACCUUAAAGAAAAAUGAUGCUGUACAGUUAACUGCUGAAACAAUCAACCUUAAUACACGAUCAUUAG